GCAGUCGAUUCAUUCAAGUCUUUAACUUUCUCUCAAUCUAAUUAACUAAUUGUGUGUUGUGUGAAACAUCAAACUUCCAAUUAACCAUCAAAAUGAAAUUCUCACUCGCUUUGAUCGCCCUUUUCUGUGUCUCAGCAAUUAACGCUAAGGCCAUCAAAGAUCCAAGUCCAUUUGCCCAAAUCAUCAUCAACUUGGUUGAAGGUUUAGUUCAGAGUCUUGAAACAAACAUUCCCGAUUGGGAUGCAUCAGCUUCACUCGAGAAAAACGUCAUAACCGUUGUUGAUAAAAAAUUGGAAUCCGGUGCUUUACCAGACUGGAAACCCGAUGCACCUAUUGAAGAAAACCUUGUCAACGCUCUUGAAUCAUACAUUCGAUCACUCAAAAUCCAAGAUUUAGAUGAGACCAAGACCAUCACUGAAAACCUUGACGCUAUUGUCACCGAUUUCUUGAAAACUGUCCCCUUCCCAUCUUGGUUCACAAAAGACGACAUCCAAAUGCUUCACGACCAAAUGGUCCAAAAUGCUCUUGAGGCUCUUAAGAACAUCCAUUACCCAGGAUUUGAUGUCAACAAGUCAAUCGAUGACAAUGUUGUCGCUUUGGCCGAUGCAGCGAUCGCUGAAGCUAAAUUAGACCCAAAAGCUUCAUCGGAAGACGCUGUCAACGAAAUCAUUAAACAAGCUCUUUCAAUGGUAGAUUUACCUGGAUUCAAUCCAUCAAAUACUCUCGAACAAAAUGUUGCCGAUAUUCUCGCCAACCUCUUACCUUUCUAGACUAUUUCCAAUCUAAUUCUAAAUGAUUAUCAUGUAGAAUCAAUUGUAAACCAUGAAAUAGAUUGAAUAAAAUACAUUCGAUUUCAAAA